CUUCGCAAUCUCACGGAAUGCAAACAAUAACCCGCAACACUCGAAUGCACGGUUCACCGAGAAAUGCCGAAAAGAUAUUUCUUAAAAUAUUACUGUACCCCAAAACUAUGUUUAUUUUAAAUGAAGCCCUUCUACUAAUCGAUAUUCUGACAGAGCGCGGGGCGAGAAAUGCGGUUUUUUAAGAAAACAUCGGGCUCACAUCUGGUUGCUUAUUGCGUCUACAUAUUAAAAUUUUAUAGGGUAGCUUAAAAAAUAUAUAUGCGUCUUACACAAUUGUCAUGUAAUAGGUAUUUUACAUACAGGAGUAGAAAAAAAUAUUUAAUUUCGUGAAAAUCUGAACUUUAGUUCUUAUUUAUUUUGAUAAAUCGAUUUUCAUCAAGUAAAAGCUACCUCAGUAUAAUUAAUAAAAAAGAAUAAGUUCUUUUAUCUAUGCUCUACCUAACCUCUAAUUGAAGACAUUGAAAAUAAUUUUGAUUACAUAAAUAUUUAGAGAAAUAAAACAGAAUUAUGUCAGGAAUUUUUAAGAAAAGCACUGGGUUGACUGGGCUAAUAGUGGCCAAAAAUCCCCAUCAAACGUUAUCUGUACUUUACGGCAAAAUUUUAAGAACUCUUCAAAAGAUGCCAGAAAGUGCAGCAUAUAGAAAAAACACGGAAUUAAUAAUUAAAGAAAGAUCAAAUAUUCUGCAGUCGACCUCAGCAGUUGAAGAAGUAGAAAAGAAGAUAAAUUGCGGACAAAUUGAAGAGGUAAUUGUUCAGGCUGAAAAUGAAUUAAUCUUGGCUAGAAAAAUGUUAACUUGGCGGCCAUGGGAACCUUUGGUAAAUCGCGCCCCAUCUUCGCAGUGGACGUGGCCACCUGCUCAACGGAUUGAACAACAUUGAGUUGUGUGUCAUUUGUAAAUGGUCUGUAGUUUAUAUUUGAAUUGCGAAAAAUGUGUCAUUAAGAAUUUUGAUUAAAACAAUAAAUUAUUUCAGCGCAAAGAAUAUAUGGAACAAUCAACUGAGUCAUCCCAAAUACUAAUAUUUAGAGAGUAGCAAUGUAUAUAACUCAUUAAACCUAUAUAAUAGAGCAAUUUUCAACUUGCCUGUUACAGUAAAUAACAAUAAAAUUCAAGACAGGUGUAUUUAAUACAAAAUUAUGGCUUUAAAUGAUUGCGCAAGUAAAAGCAAGAACAUUAUGCUAUACCAAAAAAUCAGAAGUAUUAUGAAGACUGUAAGGAGUUAUGAAGGGAACUUGUUAGAAUAUUU